AUGUCUACUCCUUUGACCCCCGAAGAGGAGACCAAGUACACCUCCAUCAUCGACGCCAUUCUCGCGACUGCCGACCUCAACACCGUCACGCGCAAGAAGAUUCGCCUCGGCCUGGAGAGGGCCUUGGGUGGUAAGGAUCUGAGCGAGCAAAAGGAGGCGAUCAAGAGACUUAUUGAGGCUCGAUUCGAUGCCAUCUCCGGAGCGUCCCAGGACAUUGUGAUCCCCCCUCCCUCCUCCCUUCCCGAUGCCAACCACCAAUCUCCCAAGCGCCAAGCCAACGGCCGCUCCGUCUCCGCCGACGAUACCCAAGGCGAGAUAGAAGUGUCCACGACCGUCGAGCCCGCCCGCAAGAAGCAAAAGCGAGACCCAUCCCUCGACGCCGACGCGAAACUUGCCGCCGAGCUGCAGGCCCAAGAGAACAGGCUGGCGAGAGCUAGGACCACUCGCGGUGGUGGAAGCGCUACCCGCGUGGUCAAGAAGAAGAAGAAGGCUCCCAAGAAGAAGAGCGAGAAAAAGGUGCGCGCCGACGACGAUAGCGACGUGGAAGGGAGCGAAGAUUCGGGUCCUCCUAAGCGCAAAGCUGGAGGCGGCUUCCAAAAGCCAUUUAACCUUAGCCACCACCUUGCCGAGCUGUGUGGUGAAACUCAGCUCUCGCGACCCCAGGUCGUCAAGAAGCUCUGGGAACACAUCAAGGCCAAUGACCUGCAAGACCCCAAGGAUAAACGACAAAUCAUUUGCGAUGAAAAGAUGAUGGCCGUCUUUAAGCAGUCCAAGGUUGACAUGUUCCAGAUGAACAAGCACAUCGGAAAUCACCUAUACCCCGUUGAAGAGGAGUGA